AUGUCGACUGAGAAGUCCAGUAGUGCUAUUAAUUUGGCCUAAGGUAAAAGCAUGCCUGCUAUUGACUCAGAAGAAUACAAGAAUUUGACAAUGAAGGAAAAGAAAAUGUUAGCUUUAAUGACUGAGAAGAAGCAAACAGAACAGAAAAGAGUCACUAAAACUUAGAAAACUCAAGAAGAAGUAUUGAAAAAAUUCAAAUUGAAGCAUGACCUCUUAAAAAAAAAGGAUGGGGAUCAUGAUCUAUUAGUUGACGGGCAUUCUGAGAAGAUUUAGCCUACUUAUCAUAGAGCAAUAACCACUUCUGCAAGCGAAGUCUAUAUGGAAUAAUAAGAUCCUGAGUUCAUGAUAAGAUGUAGAAGUAAAUUUAAAUUAUACUGGGACAUUGUCAUCAUUAUAAUGGCUCUUUACAACUCUAUCAUUAUACCAGUUGAAAUUGCUUUUAAUCCAAUGGAGCUAAACAGUGCUGCUGAAAUAACAAUAGAAUCCCUGAUUAACUUAGUGUUCAUGAUUGAUAUCUUCCUUAACUUUAGAAUCACUUACAUAUCAUCUAUUAGUGGAGAUGAGAUAUUUGAUGCAAGAAUGAUCACUUAAAAUUACCUAACAAAUGGAAGAUUUGUGCUUGAUGUUUUAUCAAGUAUCCCAUUCAAUGCUGUCGGUAGUUCAUCAGAUAUACUACCUAUAUUAGGAAUGCUUAAACUAUUCAGAGUAGGAAGAAUAUCAAUAGUCAUUAGAAAUCUAAAUAUGAGUGCUGAUACAAAAGCUUUUCUUAGAGUACUCUGGCUGAUUUUCUUUCUGUUUAUGUAUACUCACAUUAUUGGAUGUCUUUGGUUUUACGUUGUGAAUCAAAAUGAUAAAUGGGUUCCUAAGAAAGAUCAAAUAUUUGAAGAUUAAUUUGCUUAUGAGGUUUAUUCAUCUGGCUUGCUAAGACAAUAUCUGGUAGCAUUUUAUACUGCCUACUUCUUAAUUGCUGGUGGUGAAAUGUCUCCACAGACAGAUACUGAGAUAACUUUGGCCUUUAUAAUUAUGCUUUUCUCUUCUAUGGUAUUAGCAAAUAUCUUCGUUCAAAUGACUGUUCUAAAUAGCUAAAUAAACCACAAAACUAUGAAAUUCCAAGAAUAACUUGAUACUAUUAAUACUGCUAUGGAAAAUCUAGCUCUGCCUUCGAAUCUAAAAAAAGAAAUCAAAGAAUAUUUCAUUAAUACCUUUUCAAGAAUGGAUCAGUAAAGAGAACUGAAUCAUUUCUUAGACGACAUAUCCCCAUCACUUAGACUACAAAUCUCAUUCUAGAUUUUCCACGUAGCUCUUGAGUCAAACAUAGUCUUCCACAGUUUUCUUAGUGGACAUGGCAGCGGACAUGACUAGCAUGGAGGUCAUGGUGAUCAAGGUGGGCAUGGAUCAAGUGUUGAUGCAGGAGGAGAGCAUUCAAUCAUGAAUUUCAUCGUUAAAAGAUUAAAGGUCGAACUCGCCACUCCAGAGUAAAUCUUUGUAAGUCAAGAUGAUGAAGUUACUGAGGAUACCUGUUAUAUGUUUUUCUUGGCUAAAGGAGACUGUGUCGUUAUGAUUAAAGAUAGAGUUUAAGAUGGACAUGAAGAGAUCAAACAUAGAUCACUACUACCUGGAGAUCAUUUCGGAGAAAUUUCAAUGAUUUAUGGAUGUGCAAGAACUGCAACUGUAAAGGCAAAUAAUUAUUGUACUUUGGCAAAGUUAUCAAAGGAGCAUUUUGAAGAAAUGAUCCAUAAAACACCUCAACUCUUAGAUAAAUUCAAAACUAAGAUUUAUCACUAUGAUGAUAAUGUUAAGCUAUUUCUAGAAAAGCAAUUAGACUCUAUUGAUUAUCUUUAAUCUGUUCCAUUCUAGACAAAGCAUGACCUAAUGUACAAGCUCAAAAAAAUGAACUUUGAAAAAGAUGGUUUCCUUUACAAAAUUGAUGAUAUUGCAACUAGGAUGUAUAUAAUUCAGUAAGGAGAGGUUUAAAUUGAAUUAACCUUAGGAGAUGAAACUUUUGUGAUUGAGAAACUUACCAGAGGAUGUAUUUUAAAUCACAGAGGCUUCCUAUUUGCUGACCAAAAUGACACUAAUGCUAGGUGUACUACUACCGUGACUUGCUACGCUCUCGAUAUUGAUGAUCUAGAAAAUAUUCGUAAGGAUUCAAAGGAACUAGAUGAAUCAGUCAAAGAAUUAGAGAAAUAUCUGCUCAGUCUUAAAAAUCCUAUAGCUCUCGACUAUAUUUUAAAAUUCCCAAGAGAAAAGAGAUCGCCAAGAUCAUUUGAUCUUGAAAAGAGAAGAAAUUAAUUGACAGUUUAGCUUAAAAAUGCUGCUACGUAAAUUUGGCUUAAAAUAAGAGAGGAGAGAAAGAAACCUAAGCUCAAUGAAAUUCUAAAGAUGAUAAUAAAGAAGAGAAGAGACGAAGCUAAGAAUAAAGGAAAACCAAAAAAAGAAGAGGACAAGAAAAUUCUUCCAACAAUGGCUUUAAAUUUAGAUCCUAUAUCUAAGAAGUAUCACGAGCUCUACAACGAAAUUUUCAACAUUAACAUGAAAAUUUUAGAUACUGGAAACGAGAUUGAUUCAAUAGAAUGGAAAGUUGUUAAUCUAUAAAAGGAGGUCAAAGCAGAUAAAAAAAAGAAGAUCUGA